AUGAAUAUUCCCGAAACCCAAAAAGCCGUUGUUUUUGAAACUCAUGGUGGGCCAUUGCUUUACAAAGACGUCCCGGUCCCAGAACCAGGUCCAAAUGAUCUUUUACUCCGGAUGAAAUAUUCUGGAGUUUGUCAUUCCGACCUUCACGCCUGGAAGGGAGAUUGGACAUUACCUACCAAAUUACCAUUAAUCGGUGGACACGAAGGAGUUGGAGAAGUCGUCGCUAUGGGUGAUAAUGUCGAAGGUUGGAAUAUUGGUGAUCAUGCAGGUAUUAAAUGGCUCUAUAGCACUUGUUUAACUUGUGAAUAUUGUGAGAGUACAGAUGAACAAUGUUGUGGUAAACAAGUUAUUUCGGGAUAUACCCAUGAUGGAACAUUUCAACAGUAUGCCACUGCUGAUGCUAUUCAAGCUGCAAGAAUCCCACAAGGGGUUGAUUUGGCAAGUGUUGCACCUAUCUUGUGUGCUGGGGUCACUGCUUACAAAGCUUUGAAAACUGCUGAAAGAAAGGCGGGUGAAUGGGUUUGUGUUUCCGGUGCUGGUGGUGGAUUGGGUUCUCUUGCUAUUCAAUAUGCCAAAGCCAUGGGAUUUAGAGUUGUUGGAAUUGAUUGUGGACAAGAAAAGGGUGCAUUUGUGAAAUCAUUAGGUGCGGAAGUAUAUGUCGAUUUCAUGAAAGAAAAAGAUGUAAUUACUGCUGUUAGAAAUGCGACUGGAGGAGGUGCUCAUGCAGUUAUUAAUGUUUCAGUUUCAGAAAAGGCAAUGCAACAAUCUAUCCUGCUUGUUAGACCUAAAGGUAGUGUUGUUCUUGUUGGUUUACCACCUGGUGCAAUCAUUCCUGUUUCUGUUUUUCAAGCGGUCGCUGGAUCGAUUACGAUCAGAGGUUCUGCUGUUGGAAAUAGAAAGGAUACUAGAGAGGCUAUUGAUAUGUUCUCACGUGGUUUAAUUCAAUGUCCAAUUAAAGUGGCUGGUUUAACUGAAUUGCCUGAAAUCUUUUCCUUGAUGGAAGAAGGUAAGAUUAUGGGCAGAUAUGUUGUAGAUUUAGCUAGGUAA